CCGACGACCGUACCAACUUUCUGGAAUAUUCUAUGAUACUACAUCAUGAGUGACAGUAAAUGUGACAGUCAGUUUUACAGUGUACAGGUGGCAGACUCAACCUUCACGGUCCUCAAACGUUACCAGCAGUUGAAGCCAAUUGGCUCUGGAGCCCAAGGAAUUGUUUGGCGCCGUCACUGCAGUGCCUUGCCCUUCGUUGGCAGGACGAGGCCAGUCAGUGUCAUUAUCACCCCAUGGAUUAACCAGGAAGGGAUGCUGUGUGAGGGGUUGGGCUGGCCGUCUCUUCCUUGGUGUCUGACUUCAGCCAUGUGUCCAGCCCGUCAGAACCGUUGGUCUGACCCUGAACCUUAGUCUCUUGCAUGGUAAGACAGUCAGCUGCCGCGACAUCACUGGCCAGCUAAAGUGCUGCUUUUGAUACAGUUCUUGGGAUAAAUGUUGCAGUCAAGAAACUAAGCCGUCCUUUUCAGAAUCAAACUCAUGCAAAGAGAGCUUACCGUGAACUCGUCCUCUUAAAAUGUGUCAAUCAUAAAAAUAUAAUUAGUUUGUUAAAUGUGUUUACACCACAAAAGACUCUAGAAGAAUUUCAAGAUGUGUAUUUGGUUAUGGAAUUAAUGGAUGCUAACUUAUGUCAGGUUAUUCACAUGGAGUUGGACCAUGAAAGGAUGUCCUACCUUCUUUACCAGAUGCUCUGUGGUAUUAAACAUCUGCAUUCAGCUGGUAUCAUUCAUAGAGACUUGAAGCCUAGCAACAUCGUAGUAAAAUCAGACUGCACGCUUAAGAUCCUUGACUUUGGCCUGGCCCGGACAGCAUGCACCAACUUCAUGAUGACGCCGUACGUGGUGACACGCUAUUACCGGGCGCCCGAAGUCAUCCUGGGCAUGGGCUACAAAGAGAACGUUGAUAUCUGGUCAGUGGGUUGCAUCAUGGGAGAGCUGGUGAAAGGUUGUGUGAUUUUCCAAGGCACUGACCAUAUUGAUCAGUGGAAUAAAGUCAUUGAGCAGCUAGGAACGCCGUCUGCGGAUUUUAUGAAGAAACUUCAGCCGACUGUGAGGAAUUAUGUGGAAAACAGACCGAAGUACCCUGGCAUCAAGUUUGAAGAGCUCUUCCCAGAUUGGAUAUUCCCAUCAGAAUCCGAACGAGACAAAAUUAAAACAAGUCAAGCCAGAGAUUUGUUAUCGAAAAUGUUAGUGAUAGAUCCCGACAAGCGAAUCUCUGUCGACGAAGCUUUACGUCACCCUUACAUUACCGUUUGGUAUGACCCUGCUGAAGCCGAGGCGCCACCACCUCAGAUUUACGACGCCCAAUUGGAAGAAAGAGAGCAUGCAAUUGAAGAGUGGAAAGAGCUGAUAUACAAAGAAGUGCUGGACUGGGAAGAGAGAAGCAAGAACGGUGUGGUCAAAGAUCAGCCUUCAGAUGCAGCGGUAAGCAGCAACGCCACUCCUUCCCGGUCGUCAUCCAUCAACGACAUCUCAUCCAUGUCCACCGAGCAGACGCUGGCCUCAGACACAGACAGCAGCCUCGAUGCCUCGACGGGACCCCUCGAAGGUUGCCGAUGAUAAGUCACGAGCCGUAAGCUCGCCAGCAGUGAAGGAACUCCCGCUUCCAUGGCCUGAAAGGCUUGGGGGGUUGAUGGAACCAAAUAGAAAAAAACUCCAUGUUCUGCAUGUAAGGAACACGAUGCCUUGCCCUGCUCAGUUCCAAUAAGAUUGCCUGCCUAGAUUAUACAAUGAAGCAGACUAUGUCUGAAGAACACAAGUGCAAGCCACACUCGUAGAGAUUUUGUGCAAGGUCAUUUCAGGUGAGCAAUUAGAAUAGAUGAUUUUUUUUUUUAAGUUGUACGGUAAUAGUAGUGACAAUUUCUCAUCCUCAGUAACUGUUGGGACAUAUAUGCAUGUGACCACGUGUGCUUGCUCAGGCUUGCCAUCUAGCACUUUGGAAAUCAGUAUUUAAAUGCCAAAUAAUCUUCCAGGUAGUGCUGCUUCCAGAAUUAUCUCUUAAUCCUCUUAAGUAAUUUGGUGUCUGUCCAGGAAAAAUACAUUUAUGUGUAUUAAUUGGCCACCAUCAUAUUAUCGUAUCUUACCUUCUUUUAUGGUAUGAUUUAUUCUAUCUUUUGUAUUUCAGAAGGAAUAUAAUUAAAUCUAUUUAAUAAAUAAAAAAAUACAACUUUUCUUAAAUUUGUCAUGUUUUGGGCUGAGGAUUAUCACUGCUAAAACCAAGAGACCUAUAUGGACACUUUGUUUCCUCUAAAUUGUCUUAGUCUGGGAUGACUGUACAUUCAGCUUUAUUGCAUGAUAAAAUUUUAAGUUUUGUGCUGCUUAAGACGUAUAUGCCUUUACAGUCCUAAUCUGCCCUCGCUCCUUUCUCCUGGUCUUCUGGACUCAUUAAUUUAAAAUGCCACCUAAAACUUCACCUUCUUUAUAAGGUACCUAACGCUCCACGUCAAUAACACAAUGGCAGAUUCUCGAAUCCAUUAGAGGCGAGAGUAGAAUUUGACAAAAACGGUCACUGAAGACAACGGCAGUGACUUCUUCCAAGCGCUUGCUUCCCCCGAGACUGGUCAGGGUCGUUCCCGGGGGAGGCACCAUCUCCCAGGGCAGCGUUUCCGGUUUCCAACCUAACGUUCUUCCUCGAUUUUCUUUCUUUGCUGAAAGAAACCCCAUAAACCGCCUCCCUCCUCCCCCCCACCCCUCCACUUGGGUCUGUUGUAGGAAGCAAGGCGAUUCAGGACACCUCUGUGAUGGUGGUGUUUCCCAGUUCAUGGAGCAUUUCUUUUUCCUAAGGGAAACCCAUGAAUUUUCUGGGAAACCUCCUCACAGGGUUAUGGAGGAAGCACCCUCAAGAGUAGUGAUUAACUAUUGAGUAUUUUCUGAUCUAAAACUGCUCACCUGAAAUUGAUGCUUUCAGACUUUCUGAUGUGGAAAUCAUUCAGAGUUCCCGAAGUUACUGAGUAUUGAAGUGUCACUACAGAAAUGGGGUUACGAUGGUCACAUUUUGGCUCCCUGUGCUCGUAAUGCUUAUCCCUUGAGCUUAUUCUGUUACAAAUUCCUAUCUUGUGUUUAACUGUUCGGGAAGCUAUUGGGUCAACAUUCUAUAGAAUGUGUUCUGAGGAGGAACUUUGACAAGAAAGUUUAUUAUAAAUAUUAUCUAAAAUAUAUGAUUCUCUCUGCACCAGUUGUAUCGUUGGUUGGUCUUAUCACUGGAAACUGGAA